CAAAUGACCAUACUGACAACAAUAUUCUGGAUAGACAUGGCCCUGAUUCUGUUGUAAGAUAUGAUGUUGUAGAACAGAAAAGUCUGUAAUGGCAUGGCUAGUUUGGUUCUCCCUUUCAGUUGACACAAGACUGUCGUGAAUAUACAUUGCACUACUGAUCUCUGACAUGAACAUCUGAUAAAGGUGCUAGGACAAGAUACAUUGACAGGAGCACGGUGUGUCUAAACCCUCGCAAGAAGAUCGGUUCCAAUAAUGGAAACUGACAACCCAAACAAUACCGAGGGACACAGUGACAAUGGAAACGAACCUCAGUCGAAUCUUUCACGAAGCAAACACAAUUAUAUCAAUACAGAUUGUUUGGAAAUGAAGCCAAUGGAUCGGGAUUGUGAUAAUGACAGUUCCACCUCUGUCUCUACGCUCUCGCAAGAAGAUAAAAGAUUGUUCAAAUAAUGGAAAUUAACAACCUAAACAAUACCGGGGAACACACUGACAGACAUGAUGGAAACGAACCUCAGUCGGAUCUUUCACGAAGCGAGGACAGUUAUACCAAAACCGAUGGUUUGGAAAUGCAGUCAGUGGAUCUGGAUUGUGAUAAUGGGAGCCCCACCUCUGUCGUCAGCUGCCACAGCGGCACCACACAAGCGGAGCCUGGAAGUAAACACAAGCAAACAGAGGCGACGGAGAAGAUUGGUAGUGAUGAUGAUGAUGAUGAUGAUGAUGAUGAUGAUGAGGGCGAUGAAAAGAUUGAAAACUUGAAAUUAAUGAGAAAUACACAAAUAAAUAAAGAGCCAAGUGAAAGCAAUGAGGAAGAAGAAGACAAUAAUCUGCCCAUUGACCGUGGAUGGGCCUGGGUUGUACUCGUAGGUUGCUUCCUGAUCGUGUUCCUAAUGGUAGGCUACGGCAAAGGCAUCGCUAUUUUGUUCGUUGAAUAUGUCCACGUAUUUGACGUACCUGCAUCGAAAGCAACGCUGUUCUUUGGGGUUAUAACAGGCGCAUACAGCAUUGCAUCUGUGUUUACUAUGCACAUCCUUGUGGGAGUACUUGGCAUCAGGAAGACGGUGCUCCUGGGGGUAACACUGAAUGUUAUUGGAAUGACCACAGCUAUAUUUGCUACAAGUAUUACCUAUCUUAUCUGCACUCACAGUAUUCUGAUGGGUGUAAGCAAUGCACUGAUACACUCGCCGUGCCUGGUAAUACUGGGACAUUACUUCAAGAAGAGACGUGGUUGGGCAACAACUGUGUCAGUAUCUGGAGUUAGCCUUGGAGGUAUGGUCUUCCCUCCCCUUAUUCGAUUCCUCUUGGAUACAUACGCCCUCAGAGGAACAAUGAUUAUUCUCACUGGGAUCAGCAUGAACAUGUGGAUUGGAGCCCUGCUCCUCAGACCAUUGGAGUCCUUCCGAACAACCAAGAAGAUAAGGGAAUCACGGGGAGACGAGAAAGAAAAGGAACCAGCUGCCAAGGAACAAAUCUGUAUCCGUCUAACUAAACGACUCCAUCUUGACUUCACGCUGUUUAAGAAACCAUUGUUUCAAUUUAUCAUAUGUUUUGGGCCAUGGGCCAUACUUGUUGCUCUUAAUGGAGCUUAUUUGCCUUCUCUAGCUAUGGAAAAGGGAAUAUCCAAAACAGACACUGCAAUGCUGCUUACGAUUUUCAACGCGGUGGAUUUCCUGAGUAGAUUGUGUCUUGGGGCCGUGGUUGAUCGGAAAUAUGUGAAAGUUUACCACCUAAUGGCGAUUGGCUUGUUCAUCACUGGGACUGUGAACCAGUUUACUUGGUUCUACCACACCUUCCUACACCUUUUACUAUUUACAGUGAUCUCAGGACUAUUUGGAAGUUUUCAUCUUUGCUUGAUACCGGUAGCUGUCGUGGAGUUCAUGGGUUUGGAAGAUAUGGGGAAGACUCUUGGAUUUAUGGCUAUGUUUCAUGGUAUAUCUGGAUUCAUCACACACCCGAUAAUAGGUAUUUUACGAGAUGCAACUGGUACUUACGAUGCCUGCUUCAACUACACUGGAACAUGUGUAUAUAUAGGAGCUAUUGUUCUUUUGUUCUCUCCCCUAGUUAUUCGAUUUGAUAAGAAUAGAAGAACUAUUAGGAAUCACAUUGAAUCAGGUUUAUAAGUCAUAUUAAAUCGCUAAUAUUUUAAAAGACAAAACUUGUGGCUUCCUAAAAAGUCAGAUUUUAUUCAUCAGACAUUACCAAAAUGAACAUAUAACUAGCCAUCUGGCGUCGCAAAUUUUUGGAUAAUGUGACACGAUUGAAAUAUUCAUGUAGAUGUCUUAACAGUUAUACUCAAGGUACCAUAUAUUCGUUAUUCGUUAUAUAUAUUGUUAGAACCUGGACGAAAAUUCAAUAUAUGAUUUUUGUGACUUCAAGAUAAACAAGCGAAUGUCAACUUCAAUUUCCAUGUCAAUGCUUUGAAAGGACGUUCAACAAUAAACAA